AUGUUGGCCUGCAACUUACUAUGUCCCCAUCCAGGAUGGCCUCAUAAUCAUGUCCUGUCUCAGCCUCCCAGAUGCUGGGAUUACAGACAUGAGCCACCACACUCAGCCCAUUUAUUUUUUUAUAUGUACAUAUAUACUCUGCAACUACUCACUAAAAAACAAAACAAAACAAAAACAGCAAUAAACCUAUUAAUAGUUUUGGGUGGCAGGUUGCUUAAGUUUUAAGAUUGAAAGAACUUAAUGGCAUGACUAAUCUGUUUUCCUUGUUUCUACAUAGUCUCGUAAUUUUUUACAUAAUCUCAUAAAGUCUCAAAUGCCUUAAGCCAUUAGUUCAAAUUUAGUAACUUUUAUAAGCUCUUACUUUUUCCAGUCUAAAAGGAGGUACUGGGGUAGAGUAUGGCUAUCAGAAUCUCAGAGAGGGGAAUGAUAGCCCUGCGUAACUGAACGGUAUCUUAGCGGAUUGAGGAGUUCAGAUGUUUCUGGUCCUGAGUAGUCCUUGGUAUGAUUCACACCGACUCCUAGCGCACUGCACUGCCUAGAUUUUUCUCACCCUAAAAGCUUACCAGUGUAGAAGGAGCCAGUAGCUUUUGUAACAACCCCACAGCUUUUUCCAAAGGAGGCUCUGUGUGUGUGGACCUCGAGUUUGUCUUAUAUUAGACUGUGUGGCUUAUCAACAACUACAGAAGGGUUUUCUGAAGUGUGGUUCAUGAGAUAAUGGUUGUCAGCUGCUAAAGAGAUGUUUUAUCCUUUGAAAAGGACUAAUUAACACACAUUGCAGGGAGACUUGUCUGUAAGUACUGCCAUUUUCCGAAUAGGAAACACUGACUGGGAGAAAAACCAGGGGGCGUUUAUAAUACCUUCCUCCUCCACAGUGGCUGUCCUCCUGGAACUGUGUAGUUAUGAAGAAUUGGGCGAGUGGGAUGAAACAACUCGUUUGUUGGAAGGGAAUGAAGGAGCAUAGUUUUUAAACCCAAGUUCUGUCUGCGUGUACUUCUGUUUGUUGGAGCUUUUUUGUUGUUGAUAUUUUGUUUUGAGACAGGGUCUCACAGCUAGGUAGACAGCUAAGUAGUUCUAGCUGUCCUGGAACUCACUUUGUAGACCAGGCUGGCCUCGAACUCACAGGGAUCCUGCCUCUCCCUUCAGAGUGCUGGGAUUAAAGUCGUGUACCACCACUGCCAGGUUGGCCUGUACAUUUUAAUUUGCCUAGCAUUUACUGACUGGCAGCCUGUGUUGGCAGCUCCACCUAGAGUUCAUGCUAUCUGAAAACUACCUUGAAAGAUGGAGGAGACCAAGUGUGGUGGCCUUGAAUGCCCUUGUUGAGAAAUAAUGGUGGGUUUGAGGGGAACACUCGCAUGUCUUCACCAUAGAAGGAUUUCAUCAUUUUCUCUCUUGUCAAAUUAAAAGCAUUCAGAGGCUGGAGAGAUGGCUCAGUGGUUAAGAUCUGUGGUUCCUUUUCCAGAGGGUUCUGUUCCUAGCACCUACAUGGCAGCUCACGGCCAUCUGUAACUCUAGUCCCAGAGGCUCUGAUAGCCUCUUCUGUCCUCCUCAGGCAUCAUGUGCCAGUGUGGUGCACAAACGUACAUGCAGGCAAACACCCCCACACAUAUUAAAGCACCUGGAGCGCAAGACUUGAUCUCUGUUUUCUUUGUAUAACACCAAUACUAAUUCUAGCCUGUCAGGGCUAGUUCAAUAAUAAUGACUAGCUCUUGAUGAGCCGUCAUUCGCAAAUUGAUUUUUAAAUAAACAGGCUAAUAAGAAAGAAUUGAUAUACACUUAGGGACUUUGCUUUCUAAGGGCAAAUGUUAAGGCAGCCUCCUAUGUUCCUUAGGCAUCCAAAGAUAGGAUGGAUGGUAGAUGACUUAGCUUUAGCAUGUGACAACUAGAAAAGAAGAAUCCUGCUACUUCUGUUUUCAUGAGAGAAGUCUAGUUGUCUAAGGAAGUAGAGGUCAGAGGAGGCUGAGUGGGAAAAGAAGUGAGCCUGGUUAGAACUGAUAAAAAUUCACCAAUAGGAUUCCACCAGCCCGGAGUGACUCCACUAGUUCUCCCAGUCCACUGACCCAAGUGUUCCCUUUUAUAACUAAAGGCAAAGCAACAUUUGUAUCACCCUCCUGGGAAAAUCUUCUGAGCUGUGAGCCUGCUACCUGCCGCACCUGGCUGUGGAGAGCCUGAGGCUGUUCUGAGAUGAAAUUUCAGAAACUGGCCACCAGAGCUUUCCAGGUAAGGGCUCUAGCAGCUGGGGGAGAAAUGGGCUUUACCUGCCACCCAGGUAAAUCGCCCGUGAUUGAAGACAAUCAGUGGAGUGCCUCUUUGUUAGGCUGCCGUUGAUUGCUGCUGCUGAGGACGGAUUGUUUGGGAAAUAGGAGUUUUGCUCGCAUGAGUCAGCACUGUCCUGGGUAAAGCCUAAGCUCUGUUGCAGUGUUGCUUACCAAAGGUCCGUCCCCAGGCGGCACCAUUCACUGUGCCUGAAAGCAGCUGCUGUUGGCCCCUGAGAUGAUCUCAUCAGAACAUGGCUCCAGCGAUCUCAGCCGCAGCUACCUUGGACAGCCUGCUGUCUGCUGUGGAGUUUUGAGACAGGCAAAAGCAGAUUUUAUCAUGUGGGCAUCCUGCUGCAACUGGUUCUGCUUGGAUGGACAGCCUGAGGAGGCCCCACCACCACAGGGAGCCAGGACGCAAGCCUAUUCCAACCCUGGGUACAGCUCCUUUCCUUCCCCCACAGGCUCCGAACCAAGCUGCAAAUCCUGUGGAGUCCACUUUGCAAGCACAACCCGAAAGCAGACUUGCUUGGACUGUAAGAAAAAUUUCUGCAUGACUUGUUCAAGCCAAGAGGGGAAUGGGCCACGCCUCUGCCUCCUCUGCCUACGGUUCCGAGCCACAGCCUUUCAGCGGGAGGAACUCAUGAAGAUGAAGGUGAAGGACCUGAGGGACUAUCUCAGCCUCCAUGACAUCUCUACCGAAAUGUGCCGGGAGAAAGAAGAGCUGGUGUUUUUGGUGCUUGGCCAGCAGCCUGUAAUCUCUGAGGCGGACAGGACUCACGCUCCCACUUUGUCCCCGGACUUACCUGCGCAGCAGGCCUUCCUGACACAGCCCCACACCAGCACAGGACCUCCUACCUCACCUGGCCUCCCUUCUUCACCUGCACAAGCCACCUCUGCUCCCCGAGCCCAGGAAAACCAGGCCACUGGCCAUGUGUCUCAGGACCACGAGGAGCCCGUCUUCCUGGAGAGCACAGCCAGAGUACCUAUCGAGGAUGAGACCCAGUCCAUUGGCUCAGAGGACAGCUUCGUCCCAGGCCGGAGGGCCUCACUGUCUGACCUGACCCACCUGGAGGACAUUGAAAGCCUGACGGUGCGGCAGCUGAAGGAGAUUCUGGCUCGCAACUUUGUCAACUAUAAGGGCUGCUGUGAGAAGUGGGAACUGAUGGAAAGGGUGACUCGACUGUACAAGGAUCAGAAAGGACUCCAGCACCUGGUGUCUGGUGGUGAAAACCAAAACGGGGGAGCAGUGCCUUCUGGCUUGGAGGAGAACCUGUGUAAGAUUUGCAUGGACUCACCCAUUGACUGUGUUCUGCUGGAGUGCGGCCACAUGGUGACCUGUACCAAGUGUGGCAAACGCAUGAACGAAUGUCCUAUCUGCCGGCAGUAUGUCAUCCGAGCAGUGCACGUCUUCCGGUCUUGAGGGCUAGCAUUGGCUUCUUCAGUGCCUUAUAGGACAUAGCCCAAAGUGUCUGGGCUCAGGGUUGGUCCGAUGCACAAAGGCAGUUUAUUGCAAGAAACUGGCAGUGUUGAGACUAGGACAAGCAGAGGUACCCGGCAUACCCGUCUUGCCAUGGGGUGUACCUCUUAGAUGGCAGAGCCCAAAGCCAGUGGGAACUGAUUCAGAUCACGUUGGUGAGUGCCUGCUUCACUGAUUUUGGGUGGUGAUGGUAAUCAAUGAAGAGGACUUUCCAGAGCUUGGAUCGUGUCUUCCCCCUUCCUGAGAACCUAAGACACAUUUCACACAUCCCAUACACCACUCCUCCUGCUUCAUCAAUCAAAAGUCCUGCUGGAAAUGGUUCCCUUCCCCCAGCACAUCUGGAUUUAAAUUUCUGGUUUCUGCGUGUUUUAAGUCUGCUACAUUGCCUAAAAUCCAUUUGUUUUUAUGGACCAAAAAAUAUGUUAAUCAGACCAAUAGUAUUCCCUAGGUCAGAAUUUGGAUCAGUAGGCUGAUCUCUGGUGAGAAAUUAAGUCUAAAUGCUGUAGAAAAAUUUCUAAGUUGAGUCCCUUCUGUUAAGUGUUGGGGUUGGAAAUGAUCAGUCUGCUGACCUGACCCCUAAACUGUUGGGAAGUCCCUAGGAGGUGGUACAUGGGUCAUCUCUACUGCUUCUCUUUGAGUUUGACUGCACCAUCCUUCACCUUGGGUUAUGAGGAAAGAGAAAUGGAGGCAAUGGCUCUCUGUUUAUCUUUGGCUUCUGAUUUUGUUUUUUUGUUGUUUUGGUUUUUUUUUUUUUUUUUUUUAGAAAAAAACAUUGUUUCUCUUCUUUGGGUUUUGAAUUUGCUUACCAAAAGCAUAGGAACUUAGGCAGAGAGCUCUGCUCUUCUUUAGCCUGGCUGCUCAUGGAGUUCCUGGAGAGCAGACAUAUAGGACAGUGUAUGAGGCACCGGAAGGUGCUGAAUGAGGCUGGACUGUGCCCAUGGCUGCUUCUUAGCCUUUUGGGUAGGUCAGAAUGAAUCAUUUUCUGAAUCAUGAGUCCAGCCUCGUGGGGUCUUUACACUGACACGGCUGAAGGGUUUGAGUGGUGUUUGCUGGAACAGCUCAACAAAGCACAGAAGGAGCUGUGUGCUCCUGUAGGAUGCGCCCUCAGCACUGGAUAAAAACCACUGCCCUCCACUGCGCAGCUAAGUGAGACUGGAAGAACCACUCAUGACCCUGGAAAGCAGAGGGACACCUCUAAGGGGGCUAUUUGAAUACUUAGGCUUUCUUCCCAUCGUUAACCACUAAAUUCCUUUAGGGGAUCAAAUAAUUCCAUGAAGUAGUUGUCAGAGCCACCAGGCCACUUUACCUCUGCAUUCUAAGUCCAGAUGGCUAGAUUUUGGGUCAAAGCCUUUGCAGGUGUCAGGAAUCGUGAGAUUCCUCCACAAAAACUACCUUUCCUCCCUUUCUGAAUAGUAGGUACUGUAGUUUACAAUGUCUUCAGUUUAGCACAGCCCACCGAUUUUGCUGCUCCGGGACUCCACUGUGAAACAGGUCUGAUUAUGCAGCUCAGUAAGACCUAACAAGACUUCAAAGCUGGCUCUCCCUUAAGACUGCUUUCUCUUCUGAGGCCUUACCGCCCUACCUCCUAGACAGGAACAGAAAUAAUACACUGAUGGCCUGUUAGCAACCCGAGUAACAGUCAGACCUGAUGUUACUUAUUUUGAAGAAAGAACUUACCUUUAAAUCUCUUUCAUCUUUUGGUACUUUCUUUUGGAAAAAAGACCAGAUGUCAAACAAGUUUUUUAUUGUAACACCAAAUGAAAGUUGGAAUUCUAAGAUUCCAUUUCAGUUAACAUCUAACCCAGGUAGAAAACCUGAUUUUUUUUUUUUUUUUUAAAUACUUGAGCCCCUUUCUUUUCUUCACGGAUCCUUGUUCUUAAUUAACAUAGAAACACCUAAUCCUUCCAACUAUUCUGUGGCUUUCGCUGGGAUUGCGCCAAGAUUUCAGUUGAGACUUAGUUUUGAAAGAUGGACAGCUAACUGGUUCAUAGGUUGGAAUAGCCGGUUCUAAACUAAUAAGCUGUAAAGGAAUUAAUAGUCUAUAUUGUACAAAUUUGUUAAAAUCUCUUGGAUGUGAAUGUGUUACUCCAAGUGGCUUAUAUUAAGAUUUUCUCACCUGGGUGUUAAAAAGCAAACCCAAAUGUGUAUUUUUUGUUACAGAGCUCUGCUUUAUAAUUUUGUAAUAAAGUUUAAAUACAGA